CCCGCCCCUUCCCCCUCGCGGCGGAUGCGCUCUGGCGCCCCCUGGCGGCGCCGCCUCGUGCGUCCCGGUGCCGCGGCCUGCUCCCGCAUCCCGGCGCGGAGAUGCCGCCGGAGAAGAGCCCGCCGCGGCGCGGGGCCGGGGCCCCGUCGCCCUCCCGGUGGGACUGGGGCUGCCCCGGCACGCGGCGCCGCCUGGAAGAGCUCUACCUCCGCCGGCGCGACGGUAACGGAGCCGCGUCCGACGACGUCCGCGACUUCUGGGCUUUCUUCGACCGCCUCCGACGCUUCCAGAGCGGGAGAAACCAAGGCGAGCCCAGCCCCGAGCGAGCGCGGCCGCCCUCCCCCGCCGACCCCCGCCUCGCCCUUCCCCGCCGCUACGACCCCCGUUACCGCAUCAACCUCUCGGUGCUGAGCUCCGAGGCCGAGGCGACGCUCCGGAGCCGGCGGGGAGAGGCCGACCUGCCCCGGGAGCGCCUCGGGGAAUUCCACGCCGCUUGGGUACGUUACCUCGACUUCACCCAAAAACAAGCCUUCGCCAAACUGGCCAAACUCCAACGGGAACGAGCGGCUCUUCCCAUUUCCCGCUACCGGGAGCGGCUCCUUCGCGCCGUGGCCGAGAACCAAGUGGUCGUGGUCGCCGGCGACACCGGCUGCGGGAAAUCCACGCAGGUGCCCCAGUACCUGCUGGCGGCCGGGUACGGCAGCGUGGCCUGUACCCAGCCCCGCCGCAUCGCCUGCGUGGCGCUGGCCAGGCGCGUGGCGCUCGAGAGCCUGCACCGCUACGGAGAGCAGGUGGGCUACCAGAUCCGCUUCGAGAGCAGCCGCUCGCCCGCCACCAGGCUGCUGUUCCUGACGGAGGGGCUGCUGCUGCGGCAGGCGCAGCGCGAGCCCACCCUGCCCCGCUACCGCGUCCUGGUCGCCGACGAGGUCCACGAGCGGCACCUGCAGGGCGAUUUCCUGCUGGGGGUCCUGCGGCGGCUGCUGCCCGCGCGGCCAGACCUGAAGCUGGUGCUCAUGUCGGCCACCGUCAACGUCGGCCUGUUCUCGGGCUACUUCGGGGGUGCCCCGGUGCUGCAGGUGCCCGGGAGGGUCUUCCCCAUCACGGUGAUCUACCGUCCCCUCCCGCCCGAGGCGGCGCCGGGCGGGGGGCGCCGGGAGCACCCGGACCCCCUGCCCUACCUGCGGGUGCUGCAGAGCCUGGACCGGCGGCACCCGCCCGAGGAGCGCGGCGACCUCCUCGUCUUCCUCAGCGGCGCGGCCGAGAUCGGGGCCGUGCUGGCGGCGGCGCGCGCCUACGCCGCCCGCACCGCCCGCUGGGUCGUGCUGCCCCUGCACGGCUCCCUCGCCGCCGCCGAGCAGGAGAAGGUGUUUGACGUCCCCCCGCCCGGCGUCCGCAAGUGCAUCCUCGCCACCAACAUCGCGGAGACCUCGGUGACCAUCGAGGGCGUGCGCUUCGUCGUGGACUCCGGUAAGAGUCGCGCGCCGUCGGGGAGAGGGUCGGGGUCCAGGGGACCUCGGGAGGCUCCGGCGCGACCCCCACCCCCCCCCAUCGCCCC